CUUAGACACAUACAUCAGGAUGGACCAAACAGACAGAACAGAUGCAGAUGGACGUGGAGAUGGCCUGCCUAAUGUUGACCCAGAACCACAGCCCCAAAAUCCUACAGAUGGUCGUGGGGAUGGCCCUGAUGAUAUUGACAAGACGGUGGCCUUCACUGCAAAACUCAUUCCUUGUGAUAAUUAUCCAGCUCACAAUGGUGUCCUUAAAUUUCGCCACAUUCUGGUCAAUAAGCGAGAGGGCUACGACGCAACCACUGGUGUGUUCACAUGCCCCAUGGCUGGCUUCUAUUACUUCACUGUCCACGCCUCUGUUUAUGGCCGCGGGGAGGUCAUCAUUCAGAAGAAUGGCGUUAAAGUGGUCUCUGCUUACCACACUACUCUGCCUAACAGGAUGAGCCAGGUGGCCAGCAUAAGCAGCGUCAUUAAGCUGUCCCUAGGUGACAGAGUUUGGGUGGAUCUGUGGGGCUGUGGCCGAAAUGACAUUUUCUGUUCUGCAGAUAAUGACACUGUGUUUGUAGGAUUUCGACUAAGUUGAGGCUGAUA